CAUUUUAAAAAUAAUUUGAUUCAAAUUUCUAAAAUAAUGUGUUGAAUAGUCGACAAUCAAGAAGUUUAUUUUUCAAUAAAAUGUUUCUUUUUAAAUAUUUUAUAUGCGUAAGUGUAGUAGCAGCUUUUCCGAAAAAAAUUAAUAAGGAAGCAUUUUCAUUCGAAAAAGGAAGUUAUAUAUUCCAAGAUGAUAUGCUAUUUUCUGAAACUCAACUAGAGGCCGCAUUACGUGGUGGAGACUUUGAAACACCCAAAGAUUCUGAAUAUAAAGAAGGAGUUCAGAGCGGAAAAUCCACUGUCGGUGCAUUUGUUCUUAAGUGGGAUAACGGGAUUGUUCCCUAUCAAAUUGACAACAACGCAAAGUGUAAAGGAAUUUUGUGCAUAACUCAAUUAGGUCGGCCAGAAAAAGCUAUUAAAAGCGCCAUUAAAGAAAUCCAUGAAAAAACUUGCAUUAGAUUUAAAGAAAGAACCGAUGAAAAAGAUUACAUUCAGUUUACAAACAUAGGGUGGAGCAAAUGCUUGUCCUACGUCGGUCGCAUUGGUGGUAAACAAGAGCUUUCUUUAACAAACGGAUGUAGCUCGCACGGAAUCGCUCUUCAUGAAAUAUUGCAUGCAUUAGGUGUGCAUCACGAGCAAAGUAGGCCAGAUAGAGACAACUAUAUUGAAAUUAAAACCGAAAAUAUUGAACCGGGUAAAGAAGGAAAUUUUCAAAAGUAUCCUUUUACAAUGAUAAAAACUUAUGAUUCGCCGUAUGACUACGACAGCAUAAUGCAUUAUGAUGAACAUGCUUUUGGAAAAAGUCUUUGGAGUAAAACCAUCGUUACUCGAAACGGAGCACAAAUUGGUCAAAGGAACAGAUUGAGCAAAUAUGACGCAUUGACUCUUAAUAAAGUCUACAACUGCGUGGAACACCUUAAAAACUAAUAUUUUUAUCAAUUAAGUAAAGACUCCUAUGGUUUCUAA